AGCUCGUUGCUUUAUCUUAGCUUCCUUCCGAGUGGCGCCCUGAACGGCCUGGGCCGGCGCCGGAAGCCAUGUCCGGCCCUUUGGGUGGCCAUCAAGGCUACAUGAAGACCUUUGGACCUGCUGGCAGAGGCAAAAAGCGCUUCGUCACCAAAGGCUUCAAGCUGGGGAGUUACGUGAUCAUCAAGUACAAGCUGGCGCCAGACACCUUCAUUGAAUAUGAGGGGAAGAUCGUGGACAAGCGGGUUGGGAGUGAGGACAAAGAGUCCUACGUGGAGCUGAAAGAUUGCCUAACGCUCAAUCCGGAAGGCAAGAUCGUGGCGAUAGACAAAUUGAAGCGAUUGACAGACUCUUACAUUGAGGAGUGCCGCUUCACGCAGAAGCGACAAACGCCGCCUGAGAUAGAAGUAGCUCCACCUGAGGAGAAGGCCGAGGAGGAGGAGGAGGGGGCAAGCCCAAUGAUGCCAGGCAUGAUGCCAAUGAUGCCAGGCAUGAUGAUGCCAGGCAUGAUGAUGCCAGGUAUGAUGAUGCCGGGCAUGCCCAUGCUCCCCACGAUGAUGCCUGCCAUGCCCAUGAUGCACAUGCUGCCAGCAAUGCAGGCAAUGCAGGCAAUGUCAAUGGCCAGUCAAGGCUCUGGUGAGACUCCUGCGAGCGGAGACGCUCAAAAUUCGGCUCGAAGCAGAAGUCGGAGUAGAGGCUAGGGCUAUGGUGCUGUCGGCAUGCUAAGGGUAGAAGAGUAUUUGGUGCCUUUGAGGGAAAAACAAAGCGAGAUGCACAAGACGCGAAAAGGUUGAGUGUCAGGAAGAAGCCAGUGCGGAGUACACUGCGCAAGUUAAUAUCAUAGGGAAGUUCAGACUCACCGACU